AUACUACGAGCGAACUGUGAUAUUCUGUUCGGCAUUCGUCGAAAUAAUUCCACUGUCCUUCAUUUUGGGCUUCUACGUUUCCUUCACUGCACACCGCUGGUGGCAACAGUACACGGCCAUUCCCUGGCCGGACAAACUGAUGAACAUCAUCGCCCUGUACGUGCCCGGCAACGAUGUGACCAGUCGCGUCCUGCGGCGCACCCUGAUGCGCUACCUGAACCUGACGCUGGUUCUGGUGCUGCGUUCCAUUUCAAUUCCCGUCAAGCGGCGCUUCCCCACGAAGGAGCACCUCGUUGAGGCCGGUUUUAUGUCUCGCCCGGAGCUGGAGAUGUACUCCUCGGUGCCCUCGCACGAGUUCAACACCUUCUGGAUUCCCUGCACCUGGUUCGUCAAUCUGCUGCGAGAGGCGAAGUCAGAGUGUCGCAUCACCGACUCGGGCGGCAUCAAGCUCAUCAUGGAGGAGUUCAAUGAGUUUCGAAGCAAGUGCGGCCUACUGUGGAGCUACGACUGGGUCAGCAUUCCAUUGGUGUACACGCAGGUCGUCACCUUAUCAACGCAGGCCUUCUUCCUCGCCUCCCUGCUCGGUCGACAGCACAUCAACCCGCCGAAGAGUGCCGGUAUCAAGGCGCACGACUACGGCGAGUACUACAUUCCAGUGUUCACACUGCUCCAGUUUAUUCUCUACAUGGGCCUGCUCAAGCUCGGCGAGCAGCUGAUCAACCCCUUUGGCGACGACGACGAGGACUUUGAGCUGAACUGGAUCAUUGACCGCCACCUGAAGGUGUCCUUUCUCGGCGUGGACAUUCUCAACUCUGACCCGCCGCCGCUGAUCAAGGACAACUACUUCGACGAGAUGGACAUCAAGCUGCCGUACACGGAGGCGGCGGUGGCGCACAAGGUGAAGACCUACCGAGGCUCAGUGGCCGCCUUUCAUGUGCCCACUAGCAAGCACGGUCUAGUGAUACCGGAGUUUGACGACGACGAGAACGGCGAGGACGACGAGGCCGUUUCCACCAUUCAGAGUAAUCGCGACGCGAACACGCACACCUCCAGCUGGAGUCUCUUUCGGGGGAAGCGGAAGCUGAGCAGCAGCAUUGACUCCUUCAACUCGGAGACGAUGGUCGAGCGGGGACUGGAGGAGACGGAGAUGCCCACGCUCAAGGCCAACUCCUCAUGGCACAACUUUCUCGCCUCGGAGGGAAAUGAAAAUGGCGGCGGCACCAGCGGCACCGGCAAAGCAUCAGCCCCAGCAUCAGCAGCAGCCCCAUCAGGCAGUGUCGCUGAAGACACGCAAGGUAUCAGGGGAUCCGACCAAGCCGGCGGCAGUGGGGGCCAGCAACGCCAGUACGACCAACACGGCCACCUUCAGCCUGAGGACGUUCCGCUGCCUCCGAGCGUCAAAGACCGCUGGAAGCACGCCGGAAGGAUGGAGGCGCCGCACGGCGGCGGAGGGGGCAGCGGCAAAUCAGCCCUCAAAGCCGCGAACCUCGGCGAGAUCAAGCAGUCCAGCUUCGAGUCCACGGACUCCUCCAACCAGAGCAGCCACGUCAUCAUUCCAAUGGAGGAGGACGGUGAUUCCGGCCAACCUCCGCAGCUCCUUCAGCAGCAGCGACCUGCUGCAGGCCCUACUGCACGCUUCUUCCACUUUCGCAAGUCUCCUCUGCAAGUGUUUGCCAAGGAUCGGGACAAGGACAGCCGAGACCGGGACAACGUCUCCCUCGUCAAUGCACCG